AUGAGCAGCGAGGGCUUCGCGCAAGACUCGAGGCUGGGGUCUGCGAUAGUGGUCCAGACAUUCCUAGAUCUCAGAAGGUGUUCUUUCCUCACUGUUGCAGUUGUGAGUACAGAGGUGCUCAGAGCCCAAGAAGAAUGGGACGCUGUGGACACCAUCCAGCCAGAGACAGGGAUCCAGGCUGGGUCAGACCGGCCUGGGGAGCUAAUUUCCUUCAGUGAGGCCCUGCAGCAUUUCCAGACUGUGGAUCUCUCUUCCUUCAAGAAAAGAAUCCAGCCAACUAUUCGAAGGACUGGGCUUGCUGCCCUCCGGCACUACCUCUUCGGGCCUCCAAAGCUCCACCAGGGCCUUCGGGAGGAAAGGGACUUGGUCCUGACCAUCGCUCAGUGUGGCCUGGAUAGCCAAGACCCAGUGCAUGGCCGAGUCCUCCAGACCAUCUACAAGAAGCUGACUGGCUCCAAGUUUGACUGUGCCCUCCACGGAGACCACUGGGAGGAUCUGGGCUUUCAGGGAGCGAAUCCAGGCACAGACCUGAGAGGCGCGGGUUUCCUUGCCCUCCUACACCUGCUGUACCUGGUGAUGGAUUCAAAGACCUUGCUGAUGGCGCAGGAGAUUUUUCGCCUGUCUCGUCACCAUAUCCAG